ACCAAACGUUAAAUUAUUUUUGCUCCUCUGAAGCCGAUGGAAACAUCUCCCGCUUCUUCUCCCUUCCUCUCGUUCGCUCCCUUGCACCACCAGCAGCAUCACAAUUUCCCGUUUCCUUCACCGGGCCCCCACGGACUCCCCAAGAAGAGAAGGAUGAGGCUGCUGACAGUCGGAUGUGCAUCGAAAAGGGAGGCCGACGGCUGGGAUUUCGGGGGUGGGCUGGUGGACGAGAACAUGGCGGUGCUCCGGAGGCGCAUCCACGAGAUGCGGUUGGCGGAGAAGGGCCACUCGCCGCCGUCCGAUUGGAUGGAGUGGGAGAAGCGGUACUACGAGAGCUACGGCUCUGAUGUGUGCGAGGUGGUGGGCCUGCUUCAAACCUUUCUGAUGAACACUCGGCCGAGCUUGGCCAUUGGGCUGCUGGUAGUGCUCACGUUGAGUGUGCCCACUUCGAUCAUCUUGAUUUUGAUGUGUUUGGUGGAGGCAUCACCGUCGAUUCUAUCGGGAAUGCAUCUUAACUAGUUUGUUGUUUGAGCUGGAUGGAAAAAAAAUGGAGAUUCUUUCAAAUAAACUGUUUUUUUUCCCCAGUACUUUUUGUUUUAAGUUGUGUAUAUGUAUGUGUUGGCAUAUUAGGACAUGUUGGAAAUUCUACCAAGAAGUUGGAUUAUUUGUCA